AUGGCCCCGGCGCAGCAGCGCCCGGCGGAGCUCGGAGGUGGGGCCCCCUCGCCGCGGGGCGAGGCCGAGCCUGGCGACGAGUGGGGCGAGAGCUCCGACGAGGACGCGGACGCGGAGAGCAGCGAGGACAGCGUCGCGGGCGGGGCGAGGCUGGCCGAGCUCUCGGCCAGGGCCGAGGAGGCCGUCGUGGCACAGCUCUCGGGGCCGCCGGGCGACGAGGAGGCCCGCUGGCGCGCCGCGCAGGUCCGGCGCUCCCUGGCGAGGGGCUGCACCAGCCUCAGGAGCGACUUCUGGGCCUCCUGCAGCGAGCUGCCUCGGCGCUCGGCGUGCUACGGGCACCUGAAGGAGCACCAGCGAGUGGCCGUGCGCUGGCUGAUGGCGCUGCACGACACCACGCCCGGCAUGGUGCUCGCCGACGAGAUGGGCCUCGGCAAGACGCUCGAGGUGCUGUGCUUCUUGGAAGCCUUGGCCUCUCCAAGGCCUUCUCUGAUCCUGGCGCCCGCGUCGCUGCUGGACAACUGGGAGGCUGAGGCGAGGCGCUGGACGCCCGCGCUGCGCGUGCUGAAGUACCACGCGACGGCUGCCGCGUCGCGGCAGGCCCUUCGGGCCAGGUUCUUCCAGCUGGACUCUGGGUUCCACCUGGUGAUCGCGACCCUGCAGAGCCUGCAGAGCCGGGAGGACCGCAGGCACUUCUUCCGCCGAGCCGCGUUCGAGUACGUGGUCUGCGACGAGGCCCACGGCCUGAAGCGCGCCUGCACGCGGUCGCACCGCUGCUUCGCCCGGGCGCUCCGCUGCAGGCGGCGCUUGCUGGUCACGGGGACGCCCGUGCAGAAUAGCCUCGAGGAGCUCGCCACGCUCUUGGGCCUGGCGCUCGCUGCUCCGGGCAGCCGCGGUUGCCUGCGGGCCUCCUGUGGGCUGCCAGCGGCAGCUGGAGCCAGGCCAAGGGCCGGUCGGUGCCCGCUGCGCCAGCUGCAGAAGCUGGCGCGGCCCUUCGUGCUGCGCAGGCUCAAGGCAGAAGUCCUGACCACCGAGCUGCCCGCCAAGCGGGGCGAGGUCGUCUAUUGCGAGCUCCAGGGUGGCCAGCGCGCCCUGUACGACGAGGAGAUGGCGGCGAGCCAGAAGUCAUUCCUGAAGACCGGCAACGUGAUGGAGGCCUUCUGGCGACUGCGGCGCGUCUGCCUCCACCCGCUGCUGUGCAACCGGGCCAUGGACCCCGCAGACUUUUCCGAGUUGGUGACCGCCCUGACCGAGCGGCGCGCGGACUUCCAGAGGUUGCCGCGGCAGCGAGUGGAGGCCGAAGUCGAGAGAUGGUCCGCGUUCGAGAGGCACAGGGCGGCGGUCGAUGGCGGUCUCGACGAGAAGUUUCGCGUGUCGGGCAACGAGGUGUGUGAUGCCGCGAAGACUAAGGCAUUGCUGCGCAUACUGGAGCGCCAGGCGGCGAGCGGCCAGAAGACUGUCGUCUUCUCGCAGUUCACGCAGCUCCUGGAUGUCACGGAGGCCGCCCUCCACCUGGCGGGCCUCGGAUUCUGCCGCAUGGACGGCAAUACGGCCGUGCACGAUCGUCAGGACCUGGUCUCCGCCUUCCAGGGCGGGGCGCCCUCCGUCUUUCUCAUCUCGACGAAGACAGGCGGCGUGGGGCUCAACCUCACCUCGGCGAGCGCGGCGGUGAUGCUGGACCUGGACUUCAACCCGCAGACCACCAGGCAGGCCGAGGACCGCGUGCACCGGCUGGGACAGACGCGCGACGUGACCAUCUACUACUUGGUGUGCCCAGGCACCGUGGAGGAGAUGGUCCUCAGGAAGAAUCUGUCGAAGUUGGAGUUGGAUGGUCACUUCGGCGGCGAGCUCACCACGUUCGCACGCGCCGCCUCUGCCUCGGGUGCCUCUGUGGCACCGUCGCUGGCGCCAUGCGAACACGACGGGCCCGCUAUGGAGGAGAGCUGCAGAAGGCUCGUCUCCGCACAGCUACGACAGUUGCUCCAUACAGAGGGCAUUGACCUUUUGGAGGUGUUGCCAGAAGACGUUCCUGUUGACCACGUUGCACACAGACGUGUCACCUACGAUACCAGAGACGCACGAUGGCAGUUCAACUUUGGCACGGGGCUGGGGAGGGUGCACUUCCAGGUGACGGUGAAGCAGGCUGGCUCGCACGAGGCCGCGGGCGUGCUGGCCCGCUGCUGCUUCCUGAAGUUCGAGGAGGGCUGGCCGCUGGAGCGCGUCCGCCGCUUUCGGCAGGAGCACCUCGAGGCGCUGCUGCGGCACCGCGCGUCCUUCCAGGCCGAGGGGGCGGGGGCGGCGCCGGCUGGCCCCUGCAGCCCUCGGGGCCGCGGCGCCGAGGGCGGGCCGGGCGGCCGCGAGGCCUCGAGGGCGCCGCGCCUCGGCGGGGGGCGGGCGCGGCCCCCUGCAGGGCCGGAGGGCGGCGCUGCCGGGGGCGCGUCGGACACGAGCACCGAGUGCGCCCUCCUGCCGCGCGCGGCGCGGGCGCGGCGCUCCCCGAGGGGCACCAAGCGGCGCCCGGGCUGCGGCGGCCCCGCGCGGCCCACGGGGCCGCGGCGCGCGGGGGGCGCCCCGCGGCCGCCUCGGUGCGGCGGCCUGGACUCGGACACGAGCACCGAGUGCGUCGUGCUGCUGCCGGCAAAGGCCAUGGGCCUCGCGUGA